GUAGGUGCUGACCACCUCGCAGCUACAUGUACAAACGUAGGGGUAAAGCAUCACCAUGUGACCUUUCAUGACGUUAGCUCCGCCCAUAAUUUGUUUUCAUUUUCCUAUUUUCGAUUUAGUAAAGCAAUUUACCAACUGAAAGCUGUUUUUCGGUGAAAAAUGUAGGGAAGGUCGAUUAUAUCAAUGAUGUAUCAACGAUGUUUAAGGAAAUACAUGGACGCCCUGCGCUGUGACGGACUACUGCUGAAUUGAGAUGGCGGAAUCCUCCAGGACAACCAGUCUGGAGCAUCAGAUGAAUAGCAUGAUGGCCGAAAUCGUCAAACUGCAGAGAGACGUAGUCGAUUUAAAUAAAGAAAUCGCUUCAAUGAAAUCCAAAGAUCAGAGUGUUGCUUUCUUCUCCUACCUGACUAACAAUAUCGUCGACCCCCCAGCCGGGACCCGUGUGACGUUCAGAGGUGUGGACGUCAAUACAGGCAGUGCAUACGAUGCUACAACCGGGGUAUUUACCGCGCCUGUUCCUGGCGUAUACAGCUUCGCCUUUACUGCGUCAGUACCACCCGGGACGUCUGAUCAUGAUAUACAUUUUGUGUUGAAGAAAAAUGGUAGACAGGAAAUGUAUGUAUUUUUGGAUGGACAUACACAGUUCUGGCUGCAACGUAGUUCUAACACAGUCGUACACUUGAACAAAGGCGACACCGUGUGGAUGGAAAUUCAGUGGGUCAAGGGUUCGAACACCGUAGCUGGCCACGGGAACUUUGAUGGGGGAGACCAGUACCACACCCAUUUCUCGGGUUUCCUUAUACAUGACCGGACCAUGCUAGUUUUGCUGCUGUUGCUGACCGCCUGUGACGGACUGUUGUUGAAUGGAGAUGGAGGGGUACACUCGGACACCAGUGUCGAGCAUCAAAUAAACAGCAUGAUGGCCGAAAUCGUCCAACUGCAGAGAGACGUGGUCGAUUUAAAUGAGGAAAUCGCUUCCAUGAAAUCCAAGGAUCCGAAUGUUGCUUUCUUUUCCUAUCUAACUGACAAUAUCGUUAAUCCCUCCGCCGGAACCCGAAUGACCUUCAGAGGUGUGGACGUCAAUACAGGCAGUGCAUACGAUGCUACAACCGGGGUAUUUACCGCGCCUGUCCCCGGCGUAUACAGCUUCGCCUUUACUGCGUCAGUACCAUUCGAGACGUCUGAUCAUGGAAUACAUUUUGUGUUGAUGAAAAAUGGAAUGCAUGAAAUGUAUGUAUUUUUGGAUGGACAUACACAGUUCUGGCUGCAACGUAGUUCCAACACAGUCGUACACUUGAACAAAGGCGACACCGUGUGGAUGGAAAUUCCCUGGGCCAAGGGUUCAAACACCGUAGCUGGCCACACCCAUUUCUCGGGUUUCCUUAUACAUUCGGAUUAG